AUGUGGUCAAGUUGGUUUGACGAUGCGAAAAAGCGUGCAACCGAUGCACUGCAAGCGACAUCAAUAGCUGUGACGAAGGGAAUUCAAAUUGCCAAAGACAAGGCGAGUGAGAUUUCUGCAAAUGCCGCUGAUGUUAUGAAGGAAUAUGUUACGGGACGCCCAGAGGAUUUAACGUAUAUCUCGAGCAAUAUUAUCGCUAUGGGCUUUCCUGGGUGGCCAAAGAACCCCAAUCCGUCGAUACGGUACAAUUCGCGCGAAGUGGUAGCUAGUUUCCUGGAAAAGCAUCACAAAGAUCACUAUAUGAUCUUUAAUCUCAGUGAUGAAGUUUACGAAUCACUUCUCUUUGGGGAUCAUAUCGUAUCGUAUGAUCUUCACGGAAUGCCUGCUCCUUCUCUCGGAAUGCUUAUGAAGAUGUGUAUUGCGAUGGAAACGUGGCUUGCUGACGACGAGAAUAACGUGGUGGUCGUUCAUUGUCUGACGGGUAAAGGCCGCACGGUUACCGUCUGCUCGUGUCUGCUAGCCUGGCUAGGAUGGGUCGAGAACUGUUCCGAAGCCCUCCAUCUCUGCUGUGACCGUCGUGGAGGCAAGAUCGAGGAGUUAACGACGCCUUCGCAGCGCCGCUACAUUCAAUACUUCAGCAUGUUGCUGGACUGCGUACAGCCGAAGAAGGAACCGCUUCUGCUCAAGUCGAUCAAGCUGAUCGACGUUCCGCUGCGUGGACCCAAUCCGGUCGUUCAGGUCGAUGUGUUUAACUGCGGAAUGCUUGUCUUUGCGACCCGCGUGUCGAUCCCGCGAGAGGCGGGUGCGGACGAAGAUAUCAAUUACACAACGGAAGUGGUGUGCGGUCGACCCAUUCGAGGGAACAUUAUUCUUCGCUGCCGCCAGCUGCGCGAUAACGGCGUGCGAACAAGUCUGUGUCGCUGCAUGAUCCACACGGGGUACAUCAAUGGAACAGUGUUCCGAUUGACGAAGGAUCAGCUGGACGGAGCCACCAGCGACCCGCGCUGCCCCGAUACGAUGAGUUUGGAGCUGGCGCUCGAUGCAUCGCAGGAGGAAUAUGUCGCCGAUGCCAGCGUGAAUCGAAUGGAGGUGUACGAGAGCUUGCUCUUCGAUUCGAAUUCUGCGCUCUGGCGCGAAGUUCUGCACCGGAAGGAAGGCCGCUCCACCUCCGAUGCGUCUCCUUCGGUCGAAAAACCCAGCGCCAGCGCGAACGCCAGCGCGAAUGCCGGCGCGAAGGUGAAGGGCGAUGUGUUCGAUAUCGACAGCGAGGAAGAAGACGAGCCAGUCAAGGCGCAGCCAGUGCCCAAGAAAGAUCCCGCGCGAGACUACAUGACCGAAUUGGCCAUGCUGGAGAGCUCGCUCUCGCAGACGCAAAUGCAGACGGAGACGAUCCAGGAGAAGGGACUGACCGAAGCCGAGCAGCAGAACCUGGACUCUAUCAUGCAGGAAUUGGACAUCGAAUCGGACGAAGAUGACAUGGAUCCCACAAAUCUGGAUCUCAAUGAUCUGGCGGGCUCGAUCGAUUUGGACGACGAUGUGGAUGUCGAUGAUGCAGAGGACGAUGGAGCGGAAGUUCAUGACUAUAGUGCUGAGUUUGGUGUGUAG